CGAAGUGAGCAUACGAUGCAAUGAGUGAAGAACAACGAGGAAGGUCCGCACCCCCGGGUGUUGGGCCUGACUUCAGCCCCGCUGGGUCUGAAGCUGAAGCUGACCUGGAUGGCCGCAACUCUCCAUCAUCUUUCAUCGACGACAACGAUAUGCCACCCACCAAACCCGGCCUCUGGUUGCUCAAGACAAAGGCAGAGGCUCGUGCCUCGACUGCCACUGUCCAGGCAUGGACUAUAGAAUUGCCAUCCAGAGCAGCUAACACCGUCCUGGGUCUCAUCAAGGACAACGUCCCCGAGCUGGAUGCCAUCGACCUUCAGCACAUUCGUCGCUUUGCAAAGGCCCGCUUCCUGCCCACCCACCUCAUCCCCGAGACGGUCGCUGUCAGCCGCUCCAGAAGUGCCUCCGAACGUGAUGGAUCCUCCCGUGGCUCCUCUCGCUCUCGCUCAUCGCGCAACAAACGCCGGGGUAGUAUUCCGGCCACACUGCACUUGAUCGUUAGUCCCGUUCACUGCAUUGGAGAAGACGCUCUCACCGAGCUGCUCCUCGCCAACCCUCCCUUCGCCGAAGAUGGCUUCCCUCUCAUCCUCAGAGAGGUCACCCUUCCUCUGCUGCCUCCCACCAGCGCCGAGCAAGCCGAGCUCUGGUCUCAACAGUACUGGCCUACCAUCUACCGCAAGACCAAUCCAUUUGGCCCUCAUCCCAGCAUCAUCGGCCGCGCCGAAGAAGAAGUCACCGCCAACAACAAUGUGCCUCGCCUGAUGGAGAUGGCCAAGAAGGUGGCUGGAGAGACAAAGGGCAAGUGCUGCGGCGCCGGCGUCGGAUGCGUCAUCAUCGAAAGACCUACCGGAAAGCCUAUCGAAGUCAUUGCCGUUGCUGGCGAUGGCCGUCACCAAGGCUUUGACGAGGUCGCUGGUCAACAGAACCCCAUGGCUCAUGCUGUCAUGCGAGCCAUAGGCAUGGUCGCACGCAAGCGUGUCCGCAGCGCAACUCGCGACCCUACCAAGCUCAACCAGGACAUGGCUGCUCUGGACAUCAACAGGCCUUCCCACACCCCCGCAGUCGGUGCUCCCAAGUUCGUCGACAAGACCCUGCUCGACUACCCCCUGACACCCAUGGAGCGCAAGGCCUUUAACAAGGACAACCUGAUCCCUGAUGGCUACCUCUGCGUCGAUCUCGAGAUCUAUCUCACCCACGAGCCCUGCGUUAUGUGCACCAUGGCCAUCUUGCACUCACGUUUUGCUCGCUGUGUCUUUGGUAUUCGCAUGCCCAAGACUGGCGCUCUGACGGCCGAUGGAGGCGGUCUCGGCUACGGACUGUUCUGGCGUCCCGAGCUCAACUGGAAGUUCUUGUGCUGGGAGUGGAAGGAGAAGGACCCAUACGAUGGUGACAACCACUUGCACCUCUUCCUCGACAAGAAGACUCAGGUCUGAACCCAUCCUUCCUUGAUGACUCUAGGAACGCCCACCGUCUCCUUUCGACCUGAACUUCUUCUUCCUUCUUCUUCUUCUUCUUCUCUUUUCGAUUUCUUUCCUUGUCUUUGUUACCGACAUGGUUAGGUAGCGUGUCGGCCCCGCUUGAAAACUGGGGGAGGCUUUCUUUUCUGAUGAAGACUGCCUAUGAAUGAAUGGCAGCAGCAUUAUGCACAUAGCAGCGAGCAUGGUAUACAGGCGUCAAUAUGGGUUCAAUGGUGGUCUUCUGCUGAGCUUUUUUUAUACCCCUUUAGCGCACGGAAAAACGAGACGAUCGACAUGGCUACGUCUCUGAGCAUACCUCAAAAGUCAAUAUACUUAAAAUGAAAGUUUUGCUUAACCUCAG